AUGAAAAAGUGGGUGGAGGUUGCGGAAACCGUGAUGGACGAGCCGCUUGGCGAAUGCGGCGUACUGGCGCUCGUGCAGGAUCCGGCGCGUGCGGCGCUGGUGAAGCAAGGCGCCGAGGCCAAAGUGUACCGCGUGUGCCUGUACGAAGUGGAAGACGGCGUGACGCUCCCCAACGCGGCGCCGGCCGAUCGAAAGACGACCGAGCACACGAUCCUGCUCAAGCACCGCUUCUUUAAGCGGUACCGCCACCCCACGCUCUCUGCGUCGAUUACCGUGUCGCGCACCGUCGGCGAGGCACGGUCGCUCGUGCGGUGUGCGCGCAGCGGCGUCAACGUGCCGCGCGUCGAGCUCGUGGACGAAACGCGCGGCCUCCUGGGCCUCGAGUGGAUCGACGGCGUGAGUGUCCGCCGCUGGCUCGGCGGCCUGCCCGAAGAAGGCGAGGAGGACGCGGCGCUCCCAGCGAAUGUUGCGUCGCCCACUGAGGCCAAUCAGCUCUCGGUCAUGGACAAGAUCGGCGCGCAGCUCGCGCAGAUGCACUGUGCGGACGUGAUCCACGGCGAUCUGACCACGAGCAACAUGAUGCUGCGCACCGGCGGCGCGCUCGAGCUGGUCGUGAUCGAUUUUGGGCUCGCGAGCGUGUCGAGUUUCUGGGAGGACAAGGCGGUGGAUCUGUACGUGCUCGAGCGUGCGUUUGCGUCGACGCACCCCGCGUCCCAGUCGCUCUUCCACCGCGUGCUGGACAGCUACGCGCAGCAUACCGAGCGCCUGACGACGCCGGCAAAAGGCGGCAAGGCGCAGCACGCGUGGGACCAUAUCUAUGCGCGGCUGCAAGAAGUGCGGCUGCGGGGCCGCAAGCGGUCCAUGGUGGGGUAG